GGGAGUUCCCGCAGCCCGCCCCUGCGCCCGCCCCUCGCCGCCCGCGGCUCCUCCUCGCCUCGCCAUGGUGGAGCGGGGAGACUCGGCGCCGCUGCUGCGCUGGGCCCAGGGCCCCGCCGUCUCCCCGCCGCAGGCCCCGGAGCUGCAGGCUGGAGGCCGGGGCUGGGGCCGCGGCGGGGGCGGCCGGCCGGCCGCGGAGCCGCCCAGGAGGCGGGAGCCCGAGGAGCUGGGCGCCUCCGAGGUGCUGCUGCAGCCCGGGCGCCUGGAGCUGGGCGACGUGGAGGAGGACCAGGUGGUGGCCGUGUUCGUGGUCACCUUCGAUCCCCGCUCGGGGAACAUGGUGGAAUGGUGCCUACCUCAAGAUAUUGACCUUGAAGGUGUUGAGUUCAAGUCUAUGGCCAGUGGGUCCCAUAAAAUUCAGUCUGACUUCAUCUAUUUCCGAAAGGGGCCCUUCUUCGGCCUGGCCUGCUUCGCCAACAUGCCUGUGGAGAGUGAGCUGGAGCGCGGCGCCCGAAUGAAGUCUGUGGGCAUCCUGUCUCCGUCCUACACCCUGCUUUACCGGUACAUGCACUUCCUGGAGAACCAGGUUCGACACCAGCUGGAGACACCGGGACAUUACUCCCAUCUGGCUGCAUUCUACGAGGACAAGAAAGGGGUGCUCCAUGCCGGUCUGGGGAGAGGCAGCAGCCUGCCCCCCGUCUACUGGCUGCCUUCCAUCCACCGAUACAUGUAUCCCGAGAUGAAGAUCACACACCCAGCUGGCUGCAUGUCUCAGUUUAUCAAGUUCUUUGGAGAACAGAUCAUCAUCCUUUGGAAAUUUGCCUUACUUCGAAAGCGCAUUUUGAUAUUUUCUCCCCCUCCCGUGGGUGUCGUAUGCUAUAGAGUGUAUUGCUGCUGCUGUCUGGCCAACGUCUCCCUGCCGGGCAUCGGGGGCACCGUUCCUGAGUCCAAGCCCUUCUUCUAUGUGAACGUGGCUGACAUCGAGAGCCUGGAGGUAGAGGUGUCCUAUGUGGCCUGCACCACAGAGAAGAUUUUCGAGGAGAAGCGGGAACUGUAUGAUGUCUAUGUGGAUAACCAGAACGUGAAGACACACCACGACCACCUGCAGCCCCUGCUGAAGAUCAACAGUGCUGACCGUGAGAAGUACCGGCGGCUCAACGAGCAGAGGCAGAUGCUGCUGUACUCCCAGGAGGUGGAAGAAGAGUACAACCCUUGUGAGGAGGACCUCUUUGUGCUGUUUUUCCUAGAGCAAAACAACCGGAUAUUUCAGACUUUGCUGGAGGUGUCCGCCAGUCAAGAUAAAACCCUGACCGCUGAGCAUGCCCGCGGCAUGGGUCUAGACCCACAAGGGGACCGGAGCUUUCUGAUGGACCUGCUGGAGGCCUACGGCAUCGACGUCAUGUUGGUCAUCGACAACCCCUGUUGCCCAUAGGAAGAGUGGGCCAAGGCUGGCUUGGCAGAUGGUAAUAUUCAGCCUUGGAGAAAAUGUCCAGUUGUGCUCUGGCGUAGGAUUCUCUCUCCAGAAGGAGUCAGAAACGGUAGGAUUUAUCUCCUACGAGAACCAGAAGUGUGGGCCGGACAAUGGUUUAGCAUUAACGAUGGCUUUCAUCAGGCACGAAGCUCUCCUCGGGCCUGGUGUAGAUCUGUCCACGGCGCCACCUGGGGCCUCGUCCGGUCCUCAGUCAGGACAUCCAUGAACGAGAAGGCACCUGCCCCCCCCACGACUGCCACCCAGCAUGGCAGCUCUUCUUCCGUUUGGCCAGGGAACGGGUGCUGAAUUCAUUGAUCAUGAUAGAAAUCAUUGAGCCCAGAAUCUGCAUCUAGAACUUACCUUGUGUUGUUCCCCAUGAACAUCAGGAUGGGAAUUUUCAGGGUAGCGCAGACCAUUCUAAAUACCACCUGUGCCGACUCAUUUGUCAGCAUAACUACCUGGUAUUUUCGCCAGAAGAUAAAGGUAAAGAUGAAUCAUAGCUGAGUCGCUGUUUUUCAUUCCGGUGGCUAUGAGGAUGAACUUGCUAUUUGUCUUGAUACGCUGAAAGCCUUUCUAACACAAUAAAAAGAUGAGAUUAUUCACCUUGAAGCUGAGGCCUGCAGGGAGCCUUCAGUAAAGGGCAGUCGUGAAUUAAACUUCGGCGGGGCAGCAGCCCUCUGGAUAGAGGCAGGGACCUCAGGGACCUUUUGUUUUCCUUUUUUUCUGAAACUGUAUAGCCCAGGGAAUGGAUUGAGACGCUUUCUCCAAGUCCCUGGACAGAUCAGACUUGCAGAGGUAAGGGGGCAGGAGGGUGCUGAAUAAAUCAUAAGGCGAUGGUCAGCUUGACCGUGAACUUUGUUUCGUUAGCCUAUCAGUUCUGAAACAGGCAAGAAAGUCAACAUGGGGACCAACGUGUCAUGCAGGGGCUUUCACCUCCCUGUCCGGUUCCUCGCUAGCAGGCUCGGAAUCUGUGAGGUCCAGCCCAAGGAUCUUUCCAGCGCACCUCUCAGCAAGGCUCCUAGAGCCGGACGCUGCCCUCCGCUGGCCCGACCUGUCCCUUCUCAUUUCAGGGAAACCCUUUUCUGAUUCAGGUAGGGGAAGAGCAGGAGUCGAGGGCUCCUCUUACUCCUGAGUUGUGGAUUUUUGGUAUUCCAUUCUAAGACUCAUAUACCUCUGUUCCCAGGAGCUGCUAGAGCACCGAGUGUUGGGAGAAAGGCUGUGAAUUAAGUUAAUAUUUUUCUUAUAAGAAAUGGGAGUCUAUUUUUCUAUCGAUAUUACUAUGUGAUGAAUGGAGUGUGCAGAUGUUGAAAGGGAAGGAGAUUUCAAAACUAUAAGCCUCGAAAUGCGGAAGUUUUGUCAUUUGGAAGCAACUGAGACCCCAUAAAAGUUUUACUACUUGUUUGCGAGCAUGAAUAAGGAGACGGUGCUGUGAAGUAUUAACCACACUCUCUAGGAGAUGAAUGUGAUGGUCCUGGGGAGGAUGACGCAGUCCCUGACCUUAAGGAAAAUUCUUUUACAAAGCAUGUAAACGUGAUAAUGCUGACUAGUGAGCCUCUUACUGGAGCGGUGUGGUUUUAUAACCUGGCACUUUAAUUCUUUUCUGGAGCCGGAAUACAGGGGCAGUUGGAUGAAACUGCACAUUUAGAAAGGAAGUAAGAAUUUUCUAGUGCUUAUAAAUGAUGAUGGGGAAAUAAAGCCCUUUAGAGUUAUCCUAGAAGCUCAGCAUAACAUGGGCUAUUAGCGGUAACAUAACCUAAAUUCAGAAAAUUUAUUUACUUACCACGGUAGAAGGAUAGGUGUGAAUUACUUACGUUGGUUGUAGAAUUCAGGUUUAGACUAACGAUACAUUUACUCUGCUUUUUUGAGGACAGGUGGGGAACACGGGUAGGUUAGGGCCUUAGAAAUUAGCCAGGGAUGAUCCACAAAGUGAAAAAUCCACACAGUUAGCUGGUUGCAAACAUAUUUCAUUGAUGUUGGAGUGAAAACUUCCUUAGGCCAAAUCAAGCAAAGAUAAAAAGAGACAAAAAUUUUGAAGGUGGCAUCAGGAAUAGUUUAUAUAGGGUGCCCACAAAGACCAUCAUUAGGAAGGGUAUAGAUUCUGUGCUUCUGAACAGACUAGGGGUGUAGAGGAAAGCAAAAUUAACCCCCUAUUUACCCAAGCUUGUUGGCUAAAUUUUUUGUUACAGGUCCGGGACAUAAACCUUUUCUGAAAAAGGAAUAGUUGUAGCCUUGGAAAAUGGUUUUUCUAUUUUUUUCCCCCGUUAGGAUCAGCAUAGCCUCCCUUUCACCUUAAGUGUCAACCCCCUAUUUUGAUUAAUACCCCAGCAUCGGAGUUAGAGCAAUAAGAGAUACUGAAUCUAUUUUUGUUUAAAUUCUUUACCUCAUAGUAUGAAAUUAGUAAGACAGUUGAUGAUUUUACCCUGAAUACUGGUGCAGAGAGGUAUGUUGUUCUGUUUCGAAUGGUAAGAAUUUUAAUGGCCUAAAGAAAGCUGGGGUUAAUCCUGAAGCUAGGAGUAAAUGUUUACCUGAUUUUGAUCUGUGGUACCAGGAACAUCCAUGUAUAUCCUGUCUGUAUAUCUCUGAGCCAAGCUGUGGGCAGAGAGGUUGCUAGAACUAUAUUUACAGAAUAUGGUUUUUACAAUUAAAAUUCACAUUUUAA